CACACACACACACACACACACACACACACACACACACUACACACCAUUAUUACAAACAGAAUAGUAUUCAUACACCAGACAGACAUAAGCGUGUUCUUAUUUAACAAUAACAGAUGACAUUGUUAGGUGUACCUCACAUUUUUUUUAGUUCUAUCUUAACAGCUGAUGUAAUGCCUGCUAUAGAAAUAUACACUUUAAGUAAAUCAAGUUAAAGAUAUCUAUCUGCAUAGAUAUGCAUAGAUAUAACACUAAAACACACAUUAUCUUCCAUAAUUAAGUCAGAAGCGACAAAUGAAUAAUGCUCUUAAAACCUGUAAUAAUUACUUCUGCCACAAGAGGGCAGAAUAUUGACUUCAAUUAACAUCUUGACAACAUUAUUAGUGAAAGAAUCUUGAUGUUAUCAAAAGUUUCUAAAAUGUUGACCCUGUUCUUUAUUCUGAAAUAUAUUUUGCAAUGUAAAUCUCGAUAUCUUAAAGGUGUGUGGACAUAAACCACAGGUUGUGUGAGUUUCAAUUCACCUUUUUAUACUGUAUUUAACAUUAUUUUUAUUUUCUUUCUUUCCCCAAUCUUGUUCAUAUGGACUACCAAUGAAAACACUGUUGUUUAUACUAAUGCUCCGUUCAAGUGCUCCUCGGAUGCUCGGACUCUCAAGAAGAGAGUCCAGAUAUCCGAGAGUCGUGAUGCAGCGUGAAGAAGAGGCGACUGUAGAUGUGCAGUUUACAGAUUUACCAAACGCCCUGAUCGCCUGCAAAGUCCCAGAGGAUUUAUUCAAUGAAGGCAGCCUGAAGGCCAGUUUCGAAGCCUUGUUUCGCUCCUUCGAUCCCGAGGUGCAGUUCCAGUACUUCAAGUCGUUCCGGCGAGUCAGGAUCAGCUUCAGUGACGCUCUGGCUGCAGCCGAGGCCAGACUCCGACUCCACAAGACCGACUUUAACGGCAAAGAGAUGAGACUUUACUUUGCCCAGUCUGUGCACAUAGGGAGUCCUCGUCUGGAGCCCCCCAAACCCGACAAGCAGUUCCUGAUCUCGCCCCCUGCCUCCCCUCCGGUUGGCUGGGAACAAUCUCUGGACGCAAAGCCAGUCGUCAACUACGACCUGCUGUGUGCCAUCUCAAAGCUAGGACCAGGGGAAAAGUACGAGCUCCACACUGCCACACCCACCACCCCGAGCGUGGUCGUCCACGUCUGUGAGGAUGAGCGCGGCGACAGCUCGGCCCCGGACGACAGCGACCAAGACGACAAACCCCGCUCGCCUCGUCCCAAGAUCAUCCAGACGCGACGUCCCGACUACACAGCCGGCGUGGAGCAGUGAGCGACAACCCAGAAAGAGGACGCAUCCAUCGUGACGGCUGUAACAUUUCAUCCUGAAGUGAUUUGACGAGAGCUGAACACGCUCUCAGAGCUAUGAGGGAGGUUUGGGGACUUUUGGAAGCCGCCUGAGGGUGCUGCGAUGUCCUGUAGACGAGCAUUUCAUAAGACGGAGAGAAAACGUGCUGCAUUCAUGUUCAGUGGGAAAGAGAGGAAAAACAAAAUUCCAAGUGGAAACAUAGAGUUCAGUUUAGCCAUCAGCGUGUAAAUUGAGGUUUGGGUAUUAAACUGAUGGAAAUAUGUGUUUAGCAGUGUACAAAAUAAUGCAUACUAAUGUUAGAGUUGUAGAGUAAUGAGAGGGAGGAGACUAUACUGGAUUCUUGGUUGAAUAGUUAUCUUGUAAAAAAGAAAAAUAUCAUGAUUAAGUGUGUCAGAAGCAAAUGAAGACUGUACACAACAAACAACGUGAUUGAGAUGUUGGUUAUUCCCACAUGACAUGAAUGCAGCAUCAUUCUGACAAGUCUCGUCCCCUCGUGAAGAAUGUGGGACCGAAAAAAGGAAAACGACUUUUGGCGACUUUCAGUUUAAUUCUUCAGACUGUUUUUGAUUUUUUGCUAGGGUGCUACAUGUGUGUGUGUGUGUGUGUGUGUGUGUGUGUGUGUGUGUGUGUGUGUGUGUGUGUGUGUGUGUGUGAGAUUCAGCUGUAGAGUUUACACACGGCUGGCAGGUGCUCUUUCACAUCUUGAGCCUGCCAUGUCGGCGCUGCAGCUCCCUGUUACUCUUCACUGCUGUUUGAUGUCAGCUGUUCUGUGGUGGUGGACGUGUAGUCAAGUCAAAGCCCACCUUGCUCACAUUUGUCUCCACUGAAACAUGAUUCAAAGUGAGGAGACCUGAUGUGUUGUUUCUGUAAAGACGUCUAACAGUGUUAUUCUGGGGUUCUUUCAGUUUUCUACUCUGCCUGUCUGUCUGUGUUUGGAUUGUAGUGUUGAAAAUAACUGUUUGACAUUUAAUGGAGCAAAAGUACUCAAGGCUUUUUUUUAUUAUUAUUUCUGAAUGUAAAAUACACCCAUAGCUCUCUGGAAACGAGGGCUUCAACUCCACCAACCAUGGUAUGAUGUCUGUUUAAAACAAAAAGGAAAGGAAACAGGGUUUACUAGUAUUCAGAAAGAAAAGUCUGCCAAUUUGAAGCACUGUGUCUUAGCCUGUGACUCAGGGCUGUGUCGGCCCGCUCAUCAGUUUCCUGUUGUAUCGGGAGCAUUUGUUUGUUUUUUAGUGUGUCACCUGUGCUUCAUGCCUGUUUGAAGCGUUUUGUGUGGGAUCUAGAGGUGCCCCAAUGAUAUUUUUCCUGCUACCUUAAAAAAUGAAAGAAAGAAAAUGACUGGUUUAAAUGCUUAGUAAAUCUUUAGGCCCUGACAAUAACAGGAAAACAUUUCAGGACAUCCUGCUCCUGUAUCCCACACAUGCCCCUAACAGAAGAUCAACCAAAGUAUCAAAGACAACAAAAUAAGAGUAACAGCCUCUCUUCACGUAUGAAGAUUUCACCAGUUUCUCACUCGUCCAUCCCGAGCCGCUCGUUGCUGCUGCGUCCUCACAUCAGAUCAUCCUGACUUGUUGCAGAAUUUGACAUCGGGGCUGAUCGAUAAAAUAGGAAUGAAAAAUGCUUUCACACAUUCAACUCACACUCACUUGAUGUUUUAGGAGUGCACUGUGUGUGUGUGUGUGUGUGUGUGUGUGUGUGUGAGAGAGAAGAUCUAACAAAAUGACUGACAGAACCGAAAAAGAAAUCUGAAAUUAGAUUGAAUAGAAAAAGGUUUCCUGUGACGCGUCUCUGUGUGGUGGAAACUGUGGUGAGGGGUUUAAAUUACAGGGUGUGGGUGCUUUUUUUAAUGAAGAGGAGGAAACCUCUUAACAAUAGUUUCUGUUAGCAUCACAUGCUAUUGUCCAUAGCUCUGUCGUUAGCUUUACACGCGAGGUGUGCAGGCGUGUGUGUUUCAUUAAGAUCUUCUGAUGUGUUCCUUCCAUCUGUUUAGCUUUGAGAUAAAUCUCACACUCAUCGCCCCCGUCUAAUAUUACAUUACCUUAAACUUGCUCCUGUAGUUUUAUUUUCCUGGUGGGUGGCGGCAGCAACUUUUUAUGGAGCAGAGAGUAUACUAGCAAAUGAAGAGACAUGAAAGUGCCACUUCAAAUGGGUUGAAAGUGAAAGAAGCUGCUGAUUUUGCAGAUGCAACAUCAGCCACACUAAACGAUACAUCCCUGCAGAAUGUAAAAAAAAUAAAUAAAAAAAAGCCUCUUGUAUCUAGAUGUGAGAAAAUGUGGUUAUUGCAUUAAUUUGUAGCUAAUAAUUGUUGCUUUUGUUUGAUAGGAUUUUCAUUGAAGAGGAUUAUUGCAUGUUGGAUAGUGGAAGCAGCACUGUGAAGCACAUGAUGCACUGCCAGAAAGCUCACCUGUCCCAUGUUAGAGGACUGGAGGUUACAUAAGGCUGUCAGUUUAGCUACUUUUUUACUACUACUGCUGUGUGAUUCAUUCAUGUUUGGACAAAAAGAGUGAUUAACAUCAUUGAAGUACCAUGAAAUAAAGAUUGAACCAUGUUAA